GGCGUGCGGGCUCGGCGGAACAAGACGGCGUCCUCCUCGUCGUCUUCCGACGACAGCGCAGACGCCUUCAAGGUGGGCGCCCACCUGAUGGCCCCCGGCGCGCGGCGCGCAUGCGAACGUCGUCAGCAGGCCUUGGACGGGGAGAGUCCCCCCGAGAAGGACCCCAAGGCAAGGGUGCGGCGCCACGUCGGCAUCGUGGACGAGGUCUGUGGCGAGAUCCAGAACUUCCUACGGCCGGACCUCCAG